CCCCCCCCCCCAACGCCGGCUCUUCAUACUAUGAAGUUCAUAGGAACAUAAUGUCCGUGCUCACAUCACGUAUGUUUACAUUCGAUAUGACGCCCAGGUGACGCCAAAGUAGCUCCAAUGAAAAUGUCAUCUUUGUGUUGACAUUUUGCAAUAUUCAUCAUUAUUUUUAAAUGUAAUGUGACGAAAGCUGCAACUAAUCGGAAUGAUGGCAACCACCAAUGAGUUUGGUCCCGACUCUGGAGGCAGGAUAAAGGGAGUUACGAUAGUGAAGCCCAUAGUGUAUGGUAAUAUAGCUCGGUACUUUGGCAAAAAGAGAGAAGAGGAUGGACACACUCAUCAAUGGACAGUUUAUGUUAAACCGUAUCAUAACGAAGAUAUGUCUACAUAUGUAAAAAAGGUUCAUUUCAAAUUACACGAAAGCUAUAAUAACCCAAAUCGUAUUAUGACAAAACCACCAUACGAACUCACUGAGACUGGUUGGGGAGAAUUUGAAAUUGUCAUUAAAAUAUAUUUUCAUGAUCCUAACGAACGUCCUGUAACUAUAUAUCAUAUAUUAAAACUGUUCCAAACAACACCCGACAUACAAAUGGGCAAAAAGAGCUUAGUCUCUGAAUUUUAUGAAGAAAUAGUUUUUCAAGAUCCGACAGCACUGAUGCAACAUUUAUUGACAUCUGGUAGACCUGUAACUCUUGGCGUCUGGCGUCAUAAUACAGACUCUAAAAAAGAAUCCACGAUGAAAGCAGUAAUGGAAGCAAGAAACAAAAUAAGACUGGAAGUUAUAGAUCUCAAAGAAAAAUUAACGCUAGCAAAAGAGACAAUCGCUAAGUUUAAGGAAGAAAUUGCCAAGAUUUCAAAGGCUGGCGGCAGUUUGUCCAUUGCGUAAUUAAAAAAAUUAUCAAUAAAAUUGUAAGAUAUAUGAUCAAUUCUAAAACGAAUCCAACUGAUUUUUUACGAUUGAUUAACAUGUAAAUAGAUUCAUUGUUAGGUGAUUUUUAAUUUAAUAAAACAGCUGAUAUUAAAA